AAGCCAGCAACCUCAGCUACUGUAUAAAAAGAGCAAGAAAAGAAGAGUAUCUUUUUCCCCAAAAUGGAAGCUUAUUCUAAAAUGUUAUUCGUUAGAUCCUGCCAUAAUUUUAAAAUUUUUUGAACAGAUCCUGUAUGUGAGAAUUUGUUUUUUUGCCAAUUUUAACUAAUACAUCAGUUACCCACUAACUUAAGAGUGGUGGGGUGGGAUUCUUCCAGUUGAGCAAGGUAAGUCUACGUGCUAGUAGUGAGGUAAAGGCAAUUAUAGUUUGUCGUUCUCUUGUGCUUGCUUUGAAUUAAAAAAAAAACUGUGUGCCACAAUUCUCAUAUGGCAAGCAGAGUCUUGACCAUUCCUUCACUCCUGUUGCCAUCUAGAGGAGGCUGAACACAAAAUCUGACUGUGCCCAAGUCUAAAAACUGGCACAACGGGGAGCACAAAGUGACCACCCCAGAAAACCUGCUGACUGGGCUUUUCUCCCAAGUCCCUGGCAUGGGUGCCAGCAGCGAAUGUGCUGAAGCGAAACUUCUCUGUCUAAUCUGUUUGUUGGCAGGGGAUGCAGAGAGGCAGCUGGGCAGCGAUGCGAGGCUACUAUUGAGAACCAGUGUGGUGGACACAAUGUAUCUGACAGACUUGCUGUAUCAACAGGUCCUUGUUCUGCUGCAGUGGUCAGAAAUAAUGAAUAAAUAGCCCCCCGAAAGCGGAAGGCCAGUAUACGGCAGUAGCAGUGGGGCGCUUGGACACUCACGAAGAGCAGCAGGUACUGGUGCCACUUACCCGUCUCUGCGACCAUGUUAUGGAAAGCUCUUUGGCAAGGGCUGGGGUGCAUAACACAGAGCUAUUGGUUGAGGUCUAAAACUGGCCAGCCUGUCCGUGAACCCAGCUGGCAAAUGCUAAAGGGCAUUAGGAGUGGGUUUUGGGUCUGUGCCAUUUUCCCUGCUGACAAAUCAAGUAUGGGCAGGGUUAUCAGCUCACCACCAAUUCUGCAAAGUACUGCAGACCUCCAUCUUUAUCCUGUUACCCAAACAGUUCUUAGCCAGCAGCUUUAUAGUGUGCCAGUGACUGGAUGGCAUAUUUGGAGAGGGGUCUGUUGUGGUCUUUUGGUUCUUGUUCUUCUUAGUAGCUGCAUAGCGCUGUAAAGUGCCAGGUAUCAGUUACCUGGGCACAGGACUCAUUUAUGGAUGGCAGCUGAGCUUCAUCAUGAGCGAACCUCAAAGUGUUCCCGAGCAGAUGGCAGCAGGGAAGAGCCAAGGAGGAGCAGGUGGGAGCUACAAGGCUGUCGUUUUUGAACUUGAGAACUUCCAGGGCCGGAAGUUGGAACUCUCGGCCGAGUGUAAGGAUCUGUGCGAGAAAGGCUUUGAGAAAGUGGGCUCUGUCCUCAUCGAGUCUGGUCCUUGGGUGGGAUUUGAGCGCCAGGCCUUUGGUGGAGAGCAGUUUGUUCUGGAGAAAGGUGAAUACCCUCGGUGGGACACGUGGUCCAACAGCCAGGCUAAUUACAGCUUCAUGUCCCUCCGUCCCCUGAGAGUGGACAGUGCAGAACACAAAAUCCACCUCUUUGAGAACGCUGGCUACAAUGGGCGCAAGAUGGAGAUUGUGGAUGAUGAUGUGCCCAGCCUGUGGGCACACGGCUUUCAGGACCGCGUGGCCAGCAUCAAAGUACUGAAUGGAACCUGGGUAGGCUACAUGUACCCCGGAUAUCGAGGCCGCCAGUUUGUCUUUGAGAAGGGGGAGUUCAAGCAUUGGAAUGAUUGGGAAGCCAACCUGCCUCAGAUCCAGUCGAUCCGGCGUGUGCGUGACAUGCAGUGGCACAAACGUGGCUGUUUCCAGCUGCCUGCCACGCCUGCUGUCCCCGCGGCCGUCGGGAGCAGCUGAAGGAGAGCACUGCCGGCCAGCAGUCACUCGGACUCCGCUAAAGCCAGCAAAGCCACGAAGAAACGGCGGAUGCACCAAUGACCCGGUCCUAGCGUCCGGUGAUAAUGUCCAUGCACUACCCUCUUAAUAAAGAUUAAGACCCAUACU